UGUCAACAUUUGUCCAGAAUGAGGCAGCACAGAGAAAGUGAAGGUCGGACACAAGACAGAGGGAAGGAUAAAUCGAGGGAGGAGUGGAUCAUUUUUUUCCUUGUCGGUGGACAUCAGUUCUGGUAUUACACUAGACAUAAUCAUUUAGCAGGGAUCCAGGCAAAACCAAUCAGAUUACACGAGCAUCGUGAUAACAACCUUGUGGGACAGACACAGCAGAAGGAAGAAGCAGAGAGUGGUGUUGGGAGUGUUUUGGGGACAGUGCUACGAUGACUGGGGUGUGGCAGUGUGUUACCAUGCUAAUGGUGGUGUGUGUGUGUCUAUGGGGGUCGGCGGAGGCGAUUGGGGGAGCAAAGAGCCGACCACGACCCCAGAGGAGACCCAUCAAGAAGCCCAAGGUGAACCCCAUUGACGACACCCCCCCAGCUCAGAACAUUGACAUACAACAGAUGGGAGGGCCGUGGUACCUAGUCAACGCAGCGUCUAAGUGUAACUUCCUGAUGAAGAACGGUCUGAAGGUGGAGGCUACUGUGAUGACCCUGACGCCCCCCUCCUCCCCAGACACCACUCUCUCCGUUAGCACUACCACACGCCUUAACCACCAGUGUUGGGAGAUCCUGCAGGCGUACACCAUCACCCCCACCCCAGGACGCCUUGUACUAAAUGGUAGUAGACCGUUGCUGAACACUGAUAUAGUGAUUGGAGAGUCAGACUAUAGCUCCUACGCUGUGUUUUACUACCAGAAACAGGGACAGCUCACCAUGAAGCUCUACGGCAGAUCAAAGGAUACCCUUUCAGAAGCCAUCUUGGAUAAGUUUGAGGACCUGGCUGAGAAAAAGGGCCUGGGAUUGGCCUAUGUGUUUGCCUUCCCCAACUACAGUCACUGCGAGUCUGUGGACAAGGACCAUGUGAUCAACUGCGUGCCAACAUGUUGAGGAAGAUUCCAAGAGCCUGUAUUCUGACUGCUCAGCAAUACAUGGCAUAUUAAAAUGAUUGAAUUGCUUG